AUGGCGAAGGUGACCUCCAUGAGCAGGGAGCACGUUCUGGCCACAUCCACCCGCACCCCAUCUACACCCAGCACCAGGCCCGGAGCAAUCAUCCACGGACGCUCGAGCGCCCCCAGCCGGCGGGACGGACCUCUGGGAUUGGGAGAUGCUACCCACCCACCACCAGCCGUCCCCGAACGCUGCGCGGCCGCCCCCGCUGGCGCAUACGGAAUCUCGGUCGUCUUCUUUGGGCUCGCCGGUACCGCCCUCGGCUUACUAUGCGCCCGGUUCGCAUUCAAAUUCGCAUCCCAACUCGCCCAGCGCGGCUCAUCCGCGAUCACCCUCACCAUCCGCCUUCAGCGCCGCGUCGACUUCGAAACAGGAAGAGCGUCUCCGCAGAAAAGAGGAGAAGCGGUUACUCGAGGAGGAGGCACGGAGGAUACAGGAAGAAGAGGUUCGCAGGAGGGCACCAAAUCCCGGCAGCGGGCGCAGAGCCGUGGGCCUUCUCGCAGCACUAGGCCCCUCGUCUCAAUCGCCAAGCCGCGGGUUAUCCCCUAA